AUGUUUAGUUUCCUAGAUUUCGCAUUUCUCGUGGCGGCCCUCGGUGCCGCCGUGUACUACUAUCUGGAUAAGAAACGAAACUACUGGAAGGAACGUGGCGUGCCUGGCCCACAAGGUGACCUUCUGUUCGGUAAUUUCCGCAACGUCGGCAGAAAAGAACACAUCACUGUGCCGAUGAAACAGAUCUACGAUGAGCAUAAGGGCAAGCAUCCGUUCGCUGGCAUGUAUCAGUUUGUGAAGCCGGUGGCCUUGAUCACGGAUCUGGAGCUGUUGAAGUGCGUGUUUGUGAAGGAUUUCCAGUAUUUCCACGAUCGUGGUACCUUCUACAAUGAGCGAGAUGAUCCGCUGUCGGCGCAUCUGUUCAACAUCGAGGGUCAAAAGUGGCGCUCGUUGCGUAAUAAACUCUCACCCACGUUUACGUCUGGCAAGAUGAAGAUGAUGUUCCCGACGAUCAUUGCGGCUGGCAAGCAGUUUAAGGACUUCAUGGAUGAGACGGUGGAGCGCGAGAACGUGUUCGAGUUGAAGGAUCUGCUGGCCCGCUUCACGACCGAUGUGAUCGGGAUGUGUGCGUUUGGUAUCGAGUGUAAUAGUCUGCGCGAUCCUGACGCGAAGUUCCGCGCGAUGGGAAGAAAGAUCUUUGAGAUCUCUCCGGGUACGUUCCGCACGAUGAUGAUCAAUGGCAUGCCGGAGCUGGCGAAAAUACUGCGCAUGAAGCUGACCGACCAGGAAGUGUCGGACUUUUUCAUGAACGCAGUGCGGGACACGAUCGACUAUCGGUUGGCGAACAAUGUUCAGCGCAAUGACUUUGUCGAUCUGCUGAUUAAAAUGAUGAGCAAGGACGAGAACAAACCCGACGAUGAUUCGCUCACGUUCAACGAGAUCGCCGCGCAGGCGUUUGUGUUCUUCCUGGCCGGGUUUGAGACGUCUUCCACGCUACUCACCUGGACUCUGUACGAGCUGGCGCUUAAUCAAGAGCUGCAGGAGAAGGGCCGCCAGUGCGUGCGGGAAGUGCUGGAAAAACAUAAUGGCGAGAUGUCGUACGAAGCGAUCGUCGAGAUGAAGUACCUAGAUCAGAUUCUAAACGAGUCUCUUCGUAAAUACCCACCAGUUCCUAUUCACUUCCGUAUUGCAUCGAAGGAUUACCACGUACCUGGCACUAAAUCGGUGCUAGAAGCUGGAACCGCCGUUUUUGUACCGGUUCACGCAAUCCACCACGACCCGGAGGUUUUCCCCGAACCGGAUCGUUUCGAUCCGGAGCGGUUCAGCCCGGAAGAGGAAGCCAAACGUCAUCCUUACGCGUGGACACCGUUCGGUGAAGGUCCUCGGAUAUGUGUGGGACUUCGGUUUGGUAUGAUGCAGGCUCGCAUUGGGCUGGCCUAUCUGCUGGAUGGGUUCCAGUUUUCACCGAGUGCCAAAACCGUUAUUCCCAUGAAACUGUCGAAGGAGAGCUUCAUUAUGGCACCGGAAGGUGGUCUCUGGCUAAAGGUCGACAAAAUUUAA